CCACAGUUCACACUUAACACAACAACACCAUGGCUGACAACGAAAUUGCAACACGAGCGCCCGAGAGCGAUGCACAGGAGAAGCCGACCAAGCAGACUGCAGGUCAGACGGAAGGGGCCGAGCAGAGCGUGUUCCCUGGUGACACUCCUGCGCAGACAGGGCCGACGAUGGGUGAACACUGCACCACAGACCGACCAACACCUACUGGCGAAGUACCAACGGGCGAGCUCACGAGACUUGGCGGCGUCGAAUGCUAUAUCACGAAACCCUCUGAUUACCCACAUGCUCCAUCGAAGCUCCUACUCCUCCUCACGGGCGGCACUGGCGUCAAGUCUACGAACAACCAGCUUCAAGCGGACAAAUAUGCAUCAGAAGGAUAUCUGGUAGUCAUGCCCGACCAGUUCGACGGCGAGCCAGCCACAAGCACAGUCAGCAUGGAGGAAGUCACAGAGAAAACAUCGUGGCUGGACACUAUCAAGCUGAAGGCGGCUGAGGGCAUAAAGGCGUUCACGAUUGAUAUGUGGCUUGCAAGACAUACACCGGUGAAGGUCCUACCGAUCCUGCACAAGGUUGUCGAGGGCGCGAAAGAGGAGUUCGCGGACGCUGUUGCGAGUGGCGGUGGAGUGUACGGCGUGGGAUACUGCUUUGGCGCCAAGUACAUCCUAAUGUUGGCUGGUGACCUUCCGGAUACUGUUGCCUGGGGACAAGCAGCUUCAGGGGACGAGGAACAGGGGGCAGUCAAGAAGGCACCAGUGCUGAAGGCAGGAGCUGUCGCGCACGGCACAAUGGUCUCGAAAGAGGACCUCGAGGCUGUACGGUCGCCAGUCUACAUCGCGGCUGUUAAGGACGACCCGUUGUUCCCGGAAGACGAGGUCUUGACACCCGGCCGGCGAGCAAUGGAAACAAACAAGAUUGAGCACGAGAUCAAGGUCUUCGAAGGAGUGCCACAUGGCUUUGCGGUGUACGGAGAUUACGAAGAUCCCAAGAUCAAGCACGAGCAGUCACAAGCCUUCGGGGAGAUGCUAUCAUGGAUCCAGGGCCACUGAGCAUUCCGAUGAUCUGCGUACUUGACAAGCAGGGAUCCCCAUACUUUCUCACACGGCGUUGAAAAGGCUGGACUCUUCCUUUCUCUCAUAGUGGAAUGAUACCACCUCUCAUGAUUCUCGGCAUAAUAUUAUUCGCGGCAUUUUGGUGUUGUUGCCCACGGGCCUCCGCAUCAGAGCGCGCGUCAGCCUCAUUGUUUGGGCGCGCGCGUCUCGUUUUCGUACCUUCGUGACCGCUCUUUCGCAUGUCGGCAAGUGUUGCG